CCUGCCUGUUCUGCAUUCUGCAUCCUAGCGCGGCACACGAACCAGCACCAUGUUCUCCAGCUCCUCCUUGACCUCCUACAGGGCUCCCAGUGUGUAUGCGGGUGCCAGGGGCUAUGGGGUGCAAGUCUCCAGAGGAAGCGUGUCUCUAGGGACCGGGUUCUCCAGUGCCGGCUCCAGAGGCGCCAGCUUCAGCUUAUCUGAUGCCAUCGACAUCUCUGACAACAAGAAGGCCACCAUGCAAAACCUGAACAACCGCUUGGCCGCUUACCUAGACAAGGUGCACAACCUGGAGAAGGCCAAUGCUGAGCUGGAACGGAAGAUCAGGGAGUUCCUGGAGAGCAAGGCCAAACCUGUGGGGCAGGACUGGUCUGCAUACUAUGCCACCAUCAGCGCCCUUCAGCAGCAGAUUGCAGAUGCCACCCGCAUGAAUUGCACCUUCUACCUGUCGAUGGACAAUGCGAAACUGGCUGCAGAAGACUUCAAAGUCAAAUAUGAAAGUGAACUGAACAUGCGACAGGGGGUCGAGGCAGACACCAUCAGCCUGAAGAAGGUGCUGGAUGAGCUGACUCUCACAAGAUCUGACCUCGAGAUGCAGGUUGAAGGUCUGAAGGAGGAGCUGAUCCAGCUGAAGAAGAACCAUGAGGAGGACCUGCUCAUCUUGCAGUCUCAGACGGGAGCUAAGGUCAACGUGGAGGUGGACGCGGUGCAGCAGGAGGACCUGUCCAGUGUCCUGGCUGAAAUGAGACAACACUACGAGAGUGUCACAGCCAAGAACCGCAGAGAACUGGAGAUCUGGUUCCAGACUAAAAUAGAGGAGCUCAAUAAGGAGUUCGCUGUGAGUACCGAGAUGCUCCAGUCCUCACGAUCAGAGAUCACAGAGGUCAAACGUAGGCUGCAGAGUCUAGAGAUCGAGCUCCAGUCUCAGCUCAGCAUGAAAGCGUCUCUUGAGGCCACGCUGGCAGAGACCCAGAGCAAGUACGCCAACAUGCUGGCGGUCUACCAGAGACAAGUUGUCUCCACUGAGGAGCAGCUGGUCCAGCUGAGGGCUGAGAUGGAGCGGCAGGCCCAGGAGUACCAGCAGCUGCUGGACAUCAAGACCCGUUUGGAGGUGGAGAUCCAGGAGUACAGGAGACUGCUGGAGGGAGAGAGCAGCAGUACCGUGGAAAGCAAUACAACACGUAAAGUGUUGAUCGUCACCAAAGAAGUUGUUAGCCUCAUCAUAACUGAGCAGCUUCCUGUUGCUGAGUGCUUGCCAAUAAAACCAUGUGACACGUUUGCAUCUUUUCUUUGCUUUGAGUGGGUCGUGUAGCGGCGGACCUGAAUA